AUGUGGGCAACUGCAACUGGAGAAAGGUGGACUGUGGUUCAGUCCAGUUCAGUCCUAUGUAUAUGUAGACUGGACCUGCAAACACUAAUUACUCUGAACUUUGGACCUGCAGCAUUACAGUACAGUUUUACACAGAAGGAACAAUGGGAGACAUCAGUCAGAGUGGUGCCUAAGAAUUGA